AUGCCAACCACAAGUGGUACGAAUGUUACACAUGGCAACAUACAUGAACGAAGUGCUGAUAAAUCUGUUGAUGCUAUUGCGGCCGCUAAUGAAGAUGGUGGCGACUCUGCUGCUGCCCGAAAUUUAAAUAGGCCCAAACGCAUAAACAUUGUUCAUGGGCGUAGUAAUAAUACAGAUCUCGAGGUGGUCAUUAAAAAGAAAUGGUUGCACAUUUCCUCCUUUAAACCGUCUGUAUCUGAGGAAAACCUUAUUGCGUAUGCAGUUUUUCUUUCCGGUUUUGACUAUCGAGUCGUUUACAAACGAGGGAUAGAUAACGCUAACGCCGACUGCCUGUCUCGAGCUCCAGUAUGUUCGCCACAUCUAGCGGACACCAUUAUCAACAAUAAAAUCAACCAACUCUGUGAAUCGACUAUACAACAAAUUUCAACGCUAAAACUAAAUCAUAAUACUCUCAAAUUAGAAACUGAAAAAGAUAGCGAACUCUCCGCACUAUUGCAAAAUCUAAAAAACAAGCGGAUAGAAAAUACAAUGUUUACAAUCAACAAUGGUAUCAUAUUUAGGGGUCAACGCGUCGUAAUACCUGCAAUCUUACAACAAUUGGUACUAAAAGAGCUUCACCUUACACACAUGAGUAUUUCAAAAAUGAAACAACUAGCUCGCAGGUACGUGUAUUGGAAAUCAAUAGACAAGGACAUCGAACAACUAGUCAAAGAAUGUGUCGCAUGUUCAACGGUUAGGGCCUGCCCUCCAAAAGUCAAAUUACACACAUGGGAGGAACCAGAACAAAACUGGCAGAGGAUCCACAUCGAUUAUGCAGGGCCUUUUCAAGGAUAUCAUUAUUUGGUCGUGAUAGACGCAAAGUCUAAAUGGGCUGAAAUUGGGCUGACAAAUAUAGCACCAACAUCCAGUAUAACAAUUGAAAUGCUAAGUGACGUAUAUGCAAGACAUGGGUAUCCGGAUGUAAUUGUAUCCGACAACGCCACAAUAUUCACUAGCGACGAAUUCAAGCUGUUUUGCUCAAGUCAUGGCGUCUUCCAAAAGUUCAUUGCACCAGGCCAUCCAGCUACGAACGGGCUAGCCGAACGCAAUAUUCAAACGUUGAAACAACGUCUUAAAUGUAUGACAGACGACCCUCGUCCUAUGCGAAAAAAGUUAAGAGAAAUACUUUUCCGCUACAGGUCAACGCCAUUGAAGUGUGGAAAUACUCCAGCAGAACUGUAUCUGGGAAGACAGAUACGAAUUCAACUGGACACACUCAAAUCACCUAAAGUGGAUAGCCAACGUACCGUUCAAAGACAUGACGUUCGUCAAUUAAAGGAGGGAGAGAGAGUACAAACCCGUUAUUACAUCAACAAUAAAAAGUCAUGGAAAUUCGGUACAAUCAUCAAAAAGUUGGGUCACCUUCAUUACAUGAUCAAAUUAGACGAUGGAUAUAUUCUCAAGCGCCACAUAAAUCAAUUGCGCGCAACAAGAGUUCCAUCACAUACUCCAACAGCGAGUUCGACUAACACGUCAUCACAAGAUUGUGAACCAGAUAGUUGUUCCCCAAAUUUACAGGACCUCGUACAGGUUCCAACGAAUACAGAGAAUCGUCCAAGGUCAUCUGACAGCGAAGGACACAACACUCCGGUAACAACAACACCCCGGAGAUCCGAACGGCAGCGUCGGGCACCAGCAUACUUGAAUGACUACCGACGUAAUACUUAA